AUGGAUGGUGGUGACGUUAUUGGGCAUGAAGUAAUGCAAGCUAACAUUGAUGGUGAACUAAAUUUUUUUAGGGAUGGAUGCUUGGAUAUUGUCGAACAUGACAACAGAGUUGUUGAUAAAGAUUCUGAGUUUGAUGAAGUUGAAUACGUUGAUGAAGAUGUGGAUGAAGAUGGUGAAUUUGACGGAGGUGAAUACGACGAUGAACAUACGGAUGAAGAUUGUGAGUUUGAUGGAGGUGAAUACAAUGACGCGAGCAGUUCUAGUGAUCUUGGUGGACACGGCUAUUGGAAUACAAAUGGAAGUGAUUGGGAAGUGUGA